UUAAUGUACCUGAAAAUGCUAACGCUUAUCAAUUUAUCUUUCCGAUAUAAUCCUUAUCUACCUACUGCAUUUGUUAGUUGUGUGUUGUUUUAAAUAAAAAGGAAAUUUAUUUUUCUGUAAAAAUAUAUUACAAUUUAGUUCCUCGUUAGUAACUCGUAAAAAAAUGGAUGAAACUACAUCAGACGGACCAUUUAACACGAAUCCCACGAAUUCAAGUUACGUUUUGGAGGAAGAUGCGCUAAAAAUUGAACCAGAAAUUAUGUAUUAUAAUAUGACAGGUGAAAAGUAUUUAAUUAUAUUCAAUCAUUACAAGUAUAAGAAAACAAUGUAUUAUGGUUUUAAACGCCCAUCACCUAGAACAGGUACAAUGGAAGAUGUUGCAAAAUUGAGAAAAGUUUUUGAAAACUUGAGCUAUAAAGUGAUAGUUCACCAAGACUUGGAACACUCAGAAAUUCUGGAAAAGACCAAGGCACUAAGUGAAGAAGACCACAAGGCGACGUCAUGUCUGUGUUUCGCAUUUCUGACGCACGGGGAAAAAGGGGGAGACCUCUUUGCGGCGGACAGACCUUAUCAAUUAAAAGAAGUUACGGUAAUGCUAGAACAUGGUCACUCGAGUCUCGUUGGCAAACCGAAGAUAUUUUUCAUACAGGCGUGUCGAGGAGACCAGAUUGACAGCGGGAGAAGGGUCGAGUUGGAUGGCGCUGAGGCGUCCCUCGUCAUACCAACUCACGCAGAUUUUCUUGUAUUAUACUCUAGUGUUGAAGAUUAUUUAUCAUUUAGAGAUAGAGAAGGAUCGUUCAUGAUACAAGAGCUCUGUGACGUAAUCAAAGAGUACCACAAGGAGUGGGAUAUUUUACACAUAAUAACGUUAGUCCAUCGGAGGGUCGCAUUUUAUAGGACCACUUACGCGCCAUCGACGCCGUCAAUACACGAUAAAAAGCAAAUGCCUGAAACUCGUUAUUCUUUAACGAAAUUAUUUAAAUUUUAGAUGUUCGUAAUAACAGCUGAUAAAGUAUAACAGUGUUAGAACAACUUCUCUGUAUAUUUUCUAUGAAAAUUUAUCUAUCUAUUGUA